UACAGCAUAUUUUUUCUCGCUGCAAAAUUCCCGGAGCCAAACAACAAAAAACGCUCUUCCAUCAGACUCCCAUGUUGUUCCAACCUCAUUGGUGCCUUCCAGAUAAUUUUUUCUAUUGCUAGUCUUCUCUUCUACUUCACUUUGUCCCCCCGGAAAGCGACUGCAUUAGUUGCAGGGAGGGAUUUUUACAGAGAGAGAGAGAGAGAGAGAGAUUUACAUUCUGGAGAGAGAAAACCAGAAGACCCACAAAGGGAAAAAGGAAAACAAUGAACAGAAAGAACUCGACGCUUCUCAAGAUCUUGCUCUCUCUCUUCCUUCUCAAUUCUCUCUCUCUGUACUUUUACUUCACUUCCCACUCUCACGCAUCGUCAACGCCAGACCCUCAUCCGUACUUGACGGAAAACCACUCGUUCCAAACGCAAAACCACCAAAACCCCAACUUCUCCAAGCCAUGGCCGAUUCUCCCUUCCUACCUCCCCUGGUCCCAGACCUCGAAUGCCGUCGCUGCUCGCUCCUGCGAAGCCUUCUUCGGAAACGGCUUCACCCGCCGCGUCGACAUCCUCCCGCCGGCUAAUCACGGAGGUGGCAGCUGGUUCCGCUGCUUCCACAGUGAGACAUUGCAGAGCUCAAUAUGUGAGGCCGGAAUGCUGAGAAUGAUCCCUGGGAGGAUCAAGAUGUCACCGGGAGGGGAGAUGCUCGAGGCGGUCAUGGGCAGAAGGGAAGAAGAGGAGCUGCCGGAGUUUGAGACUGGCGCGUUCGAGGUCGUCGGAGAGAGGUUAGGCUUAGGGUUUAAGCGAAUACGCGAUGUGAAUCGCCGAUUGGUGAACGACGACUUUUUGAAUCAGUACGUUCCCCAAGGGGGGAUCGACAAGCACGCAAUGAAGGAGCUGAUUGCUUCAAUUCGCGUUGUAGAUAGUAAAAAUUUUGUUUGUGAAGAGUGGGUGGACGAGCCGACACUUCUUGUUAGUAGAUAUGAGUAUGCAAACCUUUUCCACACCAUAACUGAUUGGUACAGUGCUUAUGUAUCUUCUCGAGUUACUGGUUUGCCUAAUCGGCCUCGAGUUGUUUUUGUUGAUGGCCACUGCAAGGCACAGCUGGAAGAAACAUGGAAGACAUUUUUCUCAGGUUUUAGAUAUGCUAAAAAUUUCAGCGGUCCAGUUUGUUUUCGACAUGCUGUUCUCACACCUUUGGGAUACGAAACUGCCCUCUUUAAGGGUCUGUCUGAUGAGAUAAAUUGUCGAGGUGCAUCUGCCCAUGAUCUGUGGCAAAAUCCAGAUGAAGGGAAAACUGCACGACUGUCAGAAUUUGGAGAAAUGAUGAGAGCAGCUUUUGGUUUGCCACUAAAUAGACAUCGCCUUGAAAAGCCAGUCUCCGAUCAUAAUAUCCUCUUUGUUCGACGUGAGGACUAUUUAGCGCAUCCACGACAUAAUGGUAUAGUUGAGUCAAGGCUUAGUAACGAGCAGGAAGUAUUUGACUCCUUACUGACCUGGGCAUCUAGUCAUUCAGAAUGUAAAGUAAACCUCAUUAAUGGAUUGUUUGCACAUAUGUCAAUGAAGGAGCAAGUUCGAUCCAUUCAAGAUGCUUCAGUUAUUAUUGGCGCCCAUGGUGCAGGGCUUACUCAUAUAAUUUCCGCUACCCCAAAGACAGUAAUACUAGAAAUUAUCAGCAGUCAAUUCAGACGUCCUCAUUUUGCUUUGAUUUCCCAAUGGAAAGGAUUGGAGUAUCACGCCAUCAAUCUCUAUGGAUCAUAUGCUGAUCCGCAAGUGGUUAUCAAUAAACUCAACAGCAUAAUGAAGAGUCUUGGUUGCUGACAUUUUCUUGUCAUUAAUGGAACUUGAUUAAAUUAUUAUGAAUUCGUCCAGGGAACAAAAGAUUGAUAAGAAUCUUCUCCGCUUUCCAUUUCUGCCUCAGGAGUUCUUCAAUCAGAUUAGAUUAGCUUGUAAAGUUGCAGCUCCUUUCCCAAGAGUUCAUCGAUGGGAGGUUUUCCUCGGAGAGCUUGGUAUGUUUUUCUUGACACUCCAUUACUGACAUUAGCUAGUAGGGUAUAGUCCUGAUUUAUCCUGGAAACUGAACAUUGACCACCCACCUACCCACCCACUUAGCUAACCUGUAACAUAGGUUACUAGAAGGAUUCAUUUACACAUCAUUACUGUUGUUUUGUGUUUUCCAUACGAUAAAAUGUUAUAGUUCAAAAUAUUCCCCAGGACUAGUUGGUUGUAAUUAAUUCAUGGAUGUUGCAGAAGA